CACACAUUAAUACAUGAAUCGCUCAGAACUCGAUGGCCGAAUGCCUCUUGCGCGACUUGUCACUCGAAACAACUCCGGUCCUUGUCCUCGCAAUGCCCAUCUUCCCCCGGGGCUCCUUGGCUUGCGUCAUGCCCUUGAGUCUCGAGACAUGGUGUCCCAUGGCUGCUGGGCCCAUCGUCGCACGCUUCUGGAUCAUCCCAUUAGGCGCCGUGACAUCCUCCGUCUCGUCCGCUUGUGGCUUGUGAGAUUCGAUAUAUUUAUCUAACUCCUCCUGAGACAGCUUCAGCCUCUUCUCGUCCAGCAAUCUUCUUGCCAAUUCCAUGUCCUUUGCCACUAUGCUAGCUGCAGCUUGGAUGACGGCAAAAGGCGGCAUUUCCUCCUCGACUGGUUCCACAGGAUCACUGUCCUUCUCUUCUGGUGGCACAACAGCCACUGGCGGAGGCUCAGGCGGAUCCAAGAAGUCCCCCGCCUUGUCUACAGUCAUGUCGGCUAGGGGAUCCUCUUCUUCAUCAUCGUCGUCGUAGCCGAUGGGCUCAUCGGAUGGCUGUGGCAGAGCCAGUGUCAUGUCUUCUGAUUCAUCCGCUGGACUGGCAUGCGCUCGCCUAGCGGUGUCUCUCUUGACUGAAGUCGCCCUUGGGGAAUCGCGUGGAGUCGACUUGUCGCGCGGCAUGUUCAUGAACUGGGUGGGCGAUGGAAUCUUCGGCAGCUGCGUCCAGUGGACCUUUAGAGGGGAGUCUGCCUGUGAGCGAAAGCGAGGCGAGCUGGCGUUGAAGGCCUUGUCGUGGUCCAGGCGCUUGCUUCCCCUCUUCUUCCUUUCGUCACUUCUUGCUGUAGCCGGCGUCAUCGGGUGAUAGGCCGCCAGCACAGUAGUGGACGGAGUGCUGCUUUUGAACGUGCUCCUGGUUGUGUAUGAGGGCCGUCUCGGCGGUGGCAAGAGGGCGAAAUCGGGCAAGUAGUCAGCCAGCUGGACCGUCCCUGAGCCCCUGCUCGACGGCUGCUGGAGAAGUGACGUGGGGCUUCUCGCAGCGCCAUGUGGUGGAGUGUUGACCUGGGCAUAUCCGGGUCCUCGUUGUAUCCAAGAAACCGGCUCUUCGGUCAACCCGUGUAUGGGCGAGUGAACAAGGACGCGGGCAUCGUAGUGUCGGACAUGCAGCAAUGUCGAGGGUGACAGCGGCCGCAUCUCUCGUCUGAAUAGCCGCCGCGAUGACACAGAGCGCCCUGCCCUGGUUUUCUGUCUUGUCGUCUCUCCCUCUCUAAUGUCAGCCGCUGGUGGUGGAGUGGCAUCAGUUGCCUCCUCUUGGUGCUCAUAAUCGUGCUCGGUGUGGCCAAGAGGCGGUGGAUCGUGUUCAAGGUCUCGAAAGGUGACGAAGUGCCAUGACGCCGACAGCUCCUGUUUAGGGAUGGCCAGCUCUCCUUUGUCCACCAUUCUGAGCCGGGCGUCGUAGCAAUCACCUGCCCGAAAACGUGUGUAGAAGGGCUCUAAUCCACCAGCCAGCAUUAGACAGAGGAUAAUUAAGAAGCCGUGUCUGAUGUUUCUGUGUGUACUGAGUGGGUGAUUGACCUUUGAGAGACUUGGGCCGUUCGGUGCUGAAGCGGUCAUAUGGAUAAGGCACCUGACCGGCCGGCAGCUUCUGCUGCGACAGAUCCACCCUGCACCAAGCACAAGCACAAGCAGAGCGCCAUAUGUGUCAGGGGAAGGCCCAUAAUCUCGGUCACCUUUCGGGAAGCAAAUCAGGGGAAACUCCACCAUGUUUUUCCGCUUCGUGCCUCCCUGUCGCUUCCUCGCACACAGAUGCAUGCUGGGAGGCUCGGCCUUUGGGCAGUUCGUUGCUUCCCACAGCUGGGGGAGGUUGAGCCUCUUCAAGCUCAGGUUGAACCUCUGGCCUCUGUUCAUUCUCUUCCACGGCACUCUCCGUCCGCACGGGCUCCUCGCCCGUCGCCUCUCCGCUGCUCUCGUCCUGCCAGUCACCGUUCUCCUCCUGCUGAACCCAUUCUUCAUCCUCUCCGCUCCCAUCGUCAUUCUUUGUGGCCGCCCCUGUCAGGUGGGCCUCUGCAACACCGAUGGCCUCCUCAACCACCACCUUGGAAAGCUCCGUUAUCGCAGGAUCUCGGAUGUCCUCCAUGGGUUUUGCAUGCACUUCAGUGGG